AUGGAAAAAGAAACACCACAACAAGAAACAAAACAAUCAACUAAUAAAGAAAGUGGAUUUUUUGACGAAAUUAUAAAGAGAACCAAUCAAUUAUUGGAAAAAGAAAAAGAGUUGCAUGAGAAAUAUAAUAAGGAAAUUACAUCUCAACAAGAUCAAAUUGACCAAUUAAAAAAGAAAAUUAAUCAAUUAAAAUAUUAA